UUCUGUGGACUCCCCGUCUGGAACUGUAAUUCCAAAUGAAUGCCUUCCUAGAUGUUGCUUCCGUCGUGGCAACAAAACCGAACUACUACAGGGUCUUUUAGUGUCAUGCUGUUGCCAGGGAAAAGCCUCAGUGGAGUUGUUAGGAAGACUUCCUGAGGAAGACCUUCUGAGCAGGUUAACUUUAGGCCGCGGGGCUGUGGCUUCCCCAGCUAUGGGCUCUGGGGGUCCUGACCACUUCAGCUUGACAAGGAAGAAGCAGCGAGAGUGAGCCCCCUCACCCCCCGCCGUGCGCUGCUGUAUCCCUGCGUGCAGAGCCAAACUCCAGUGCCUAAAUCCCUCACCGCUGCCAUGGCCAAAAGAAAGGCUGGAGGGGAUGCUAGAGAUAAAACCAAGGUGAAGGAAGAGCCACAAAGAAGAUCUGGAAGGUUGUCUGCUAAACCUGCUCCUCCAAAGCCAGAGCCCAAGCCUAAAAAGGCCUCUGCAAAGAAGGGCGAGAAGGUACCCCAGGGAAGGGGGAAAGCUGAUGCCAGUUAGGAUGCAAAUAAAUAUGCAGUAAAUGGAGAUGCCAGAACAGACCAGGCACAGAAAGCUGAAGGUGCUGGAGAUGCCAAGUGACGUGUAUGUAUUUUUGUGUGUUUCUGGUGCCUGUACAGUUUGAAAUACUAAAAUGCUAUC